CUAAACUUCUAUCGUUAAAUUAGGAUUAGAUUUUUUUAAAUCCAAAGUUUAUUUAUUAUUUUAGAUAAAUUAAUGAUAUAUAUUCUAAACAAGUUAUUUAAAUAACUAAAGAUAUCAUAUAUUAAUAAUUUUAAAAUAUAUAAAAUAUAUAAAUAUACACAUAAUUAUAAGAAACGAAUAAUAAUUAAGUGAUUUUUUUAAAUAAUCUUGAAUAAUUUUUUCUGAAUUUUUCAUAUUUAAAAUUUUAAGAAAUUAUAUUAAAAAUAUACAUGGAACGCCCAAUCGCUUAUUUAACAAGAAAAGAAGUAAUAUCCAGCUGUCACCGUUUACACAAUGAAAAUUUAACUGAAGAAGAAAAUAAAAAAAUAUACGGAAAAUGUAACAAUUAUUGGGGACAUGGUCAUAAUUAUACAGUUGAAGUGACUGUAUGUGGACCUGUGGAUCCUAUAACAGGUAUGGUCAUGAAUAUAUCAGAUUUAAAAUUAUAUAUGAAAAAAGUAUUAAUGGAUCAAUUAGAUCAUAAAAAUUUGGAUAAAGAUGUACCUUAUUUUAAAAAUAUCAUUUCUACUACUGAAAAUGUAGCCAUUUAUGUUUUUAAUGAAUUAAAAAAAAUUAUGCCAAAUUCAGAUCUUUUAUAUGAAGUUAAGAUUUUUGAAACUGAUAAGAAUAUUGUUAUUUAUAGAGGAGAAAAAAAAUAAACUGUUAAUUUUUUUUGAUAUUUAAUUAAAGAUUAAAUAAAAAUUUUAUUUUUUAAAAGAAA